AUAAUAGCAUUUCUUCCAUUGCUACUUCGAAUUUCAAGUUUAUAAAAUCGAAUAAAAAUAGAAAAUAAAAAAUAAAUCACAAAAUGUACAAAUGUACAAAUGCACAAAAGUCUAAUUAUUGCGAAUUUACGUAAAUGCUAAAAUGGAAGCAUUUGAAUUAUUUGAAUUCUUUAUACAAAUAUUGUUUAAAAAUUAUUAUAAAAAAAUAAAAUAAAUAAUUCAUUUGUAUUCCUUUUAGCACCAUAUGCUGCCCCGUAUGUAUAUAUAUACCGCCAUUAUUUUUCAGAAAAUAUUUAGAAGUGCGCAUUCUAAUUAUGCAAAAAAAAAAACAAAAACAAAAAAAAAAAUACGAAAGAGUACCAUAUAUAUAUUCGAAACUACUUUCUAAGUAUGCAGUAAUAAUUUAUUUAUUCACUUUUCAGGAAUAAUAAAAAAUUAGGUUAUAAGGUAGAAAAGUAGUACCACGAUUAACAUAAAUUAUUUUAUUAGAAUUUUUUUUCAAGUUAAACUGAAUAUAUAUAUACAUUCUUUAUCUUAAUUUUGUUGCAUGCAUAAAUAAAAAGUACUACGUGUAGCUUUAAAAAAAAAAAAAUAAAUAAAUAAUUUAACAUAAAUUUAAAAAGAAAUAUAAAAAAAUAACACUUUUUUUUAAAAUUUCUUGCCAAUUUAGAAAUCGAAAUUGAUUACUUUUACUAAAUUUUAACAUUUAAAAUUUUAAUUAUUUUAAAAUAUUAAAUAUUUAAAAUUUUGAUUUUAAAAGUAAACAUAAAUAAUAAAGAAAAACUAUUACGUAACGAUUUUUAGAUAAUAUAAUUUUUACCUUAGAAAAAAUGGCUACCCUAAGCAAAUACAAUAACAAAAAGGGGAAAAUGAACAUCUUCCCAUCGGCCGUGAAAGUUUUCACCUUUGCCUGCGUUGUAGCUUGUUCCUUCCAAAACUACGAAAAUGACUCCUAUACUAUGGCAUGCACCAAGAGCUACGGAUACAAUGCUCCAUCAUACGAGACAAGAUUCAACAGAAUGUUAGCUGAGGCUGCCGAAGCUGCUGAAGCCGCCGAAGCCGCCGCUUCUGCUUCUGAUGCUGCCGACGCCAAUGCUACGGAAGAAGAACCCGCCAAGAAAAGCUUGUUCGAAGAAAUGAUAGGCAACUUUGUAGGUACUGCAUGUGAACAAUACGAGAAGGAAGUGAAACCAAAGUAUGAUGAAAUCGCCACUUCCAUUAAGGAAAAUUUCGAAAAAGAUAUGAAACCAAAGAUUGAAGGAAUUAAGAAAAAAAUUAAGAAGAAUUACGAAGAAGGUUUAAAGCCAACAUUAGAUAGUUUAAAAGAUAGACUAAAGGAAUUUGAAAAGGAUCUCGCAGAAUUAGGUGCAGAUGAGGAACAACCAAGUGGCAGCAACAACAUAAUCGAUAUCGAAUUAAAUUUCAAUGAGGAAUCUGAUCUUCCAACUGUUGAUGACGUUGCUGAUGAUGUUCUUGAUCAAUUAGAUGACUCUGAAUGGUCCAUUCAUAAGAAAUACGAAGAUUUAAGAGAUGAAUUUGUCACCAAAUUGAAGGAUAUCCAAAAGGAAGUAAAACCAAAGAUUGAUGAACUUACCCAGAAAUAUUUGAAUGAACUCGAAUUGGAAAUGAAACCAAAAGUUGAUCAAUUAGCUUCCACCAUAAAAGACCUCCAAAGUGAAAUUAAACCCCAAUUUGAUGAUAUUAAACAAAAGUUAUUAAAAGAUAUCCAAGAUGAAGUAAAACCAAAAGUACAAGUCCUUGCUGAUAAAAUCUCCAAUCUCGAAAAAGAAGUCCUUCCACACAUGAACAAAUUCGCCGACAAAAUUAAAGAUAUCGAAAAAGAUGUCCAACCCAAAAUUGAUGAUUUAAAAGCUAAAUUUAAAGAUCUUGAAAAGGAAGUAAAACCCAAAAUUGAAGACUUCGCAUCCAAAUUAAACAUCGAAAUUGAUGAGGACGUAAAAAAGAAAAUUGAGAAUGUUGUAGGCAAAGUAAGAGCUGACAUUGAAUCUGAAGUGAAACACAAAAUUGAAGAUUUCGCAACUAAGGUGAAAACUGAUAUUGAGAAAGAUAUGAAACCAGCUGUCGAUGAAUUAAGAAAAGUCAUUGUCGAUAAAUUAACCGAACUUGAUCAAGAUUACGUCCCAGCUUUUGAACAAACCUUAAAAGAUGGAUUCGAAAAAAUCCGUGAAAAUAUUCCUGUCAAGAAGGAAGACAUCUUGGAAGUACAGAAAACUAUUAAGGACAACUUAAAGGUCUGCAAAGAAACCCUCGAUUCGGUGAUCAAUGGAAAAUUGUUACGUGGAUUUAAAUUGUUAUAAACAGAUCAUAUUGUAAAUAAAUAUAUGUUAUAUAUUUUAUAUAUAUUGGGUGCAUACAUCGCACACGCUGCAUACGUGUAUUGUAUGUAUAUACUUAUAUAUAUAUGUAUAUCUAUGCAUACAUAUGUGUGUACACUCUUACGUGACUGGACCGUUAGCUGUAAGCACGAAUAUACACGUACCUGCGCAUGCACACAGUUUAAUCGUUCUGAGUUAAGCCUAUUUUUAUUACUUUUUCUACUGUAAAAUAGCAAUACAUAUUGCCGGUUUUUCCGUGCUAUUUAAGUAUAUAUAUAGACUUAUUAUGCCACAUAUAUGCCAUGUGUCACUCCUACGAAAAAGUGCUUAUUUUUUUCAGUUAAAUAAAUAGUAUGCAUGAUUGGGUAGAUACAGUCGUAUUAACAUAUGUGAGAAAAACUUACCAUUUUUAGAAAACGAAAAAAACUUUUUCCCUCAAAAUAUGUUAAUAUGUAUGAAAGCGCUCAAUAGGUGUCGCUUUAUGCCCUCUCCCCCGCAUGCUCUACGACAAUGCGCUAUAUUUUAGAUAGUAAAUUUAGCAUGGCAACGUUAAUGUGCCUAUAUAAAUAUUAUGGGUGUAUCCUUACCCUUUUAUUGCUACGAAAUGGCAGACGUUGAAAUUUUUUUUUUUUUUAUUAUGUAUGCCUUUUUGCUAUACAUCUUUUCUGUUUAAUUUUCACGAUACAUUUUGCGCAUGAUAAUUGCCGCUGUAUCAUGUCCCUGAUUUAGUUAAAUCAGCAAUGUGUAUAAGCAAAACGGGAAUGUUACACAAUAAUAUAUGUACAUAUUUAUAUUUUUUUAAGGAGCUUCAUUUUUAUAACGCAUAUAUAUAUAGAUUUAUUUGUCUGGAAAAUUUCAAGAUGUUAAAUGUGCCUUUCAAUGACUGAUGAACCACAAUGUUUUAUAGUAUAAAGACAAACCAACAACUUUAGUUAAUGGUUCAUAAGCCCUAAGAGGAAGUUAUAAAACAUGUGCAUAU